AUGGUGCUGCACCGUGCCAUCCAGGUGGCGCGUGAUGGGGACCUCCCGGCCCUCAGGGGGCUGGCGUCCGCCGGGGGCCUGGGUCCCGACAUCGCCGACGCCCAGGGGGCCACGCCGGUGCACCACGCCGCCCGCUGCGGCCGCCUGGACUGCCUGCGCUUCCUGGUGGGCGAGGCGGGGCUUCCCGGAAACGCGAUGGCUCGCAGCGGGGCGACCCCGGCCCACGACGCGGCCGCCAUGGGGCACACGAGGGAACUGCAGUGGCUGGUGGAAUACGGGGGCUGUAGCGCUAAGGACCGGGACAACACGGGGGCCACCGCGCUCCACCUGGCCGCUCGCUUCGGCUGCGCGGACGCGCUUCAGUGGCUGCUGUCUGCUGCGGGCGGGGCCGAAGAGGAGACGGACUGUGGGGCGCUACCCGCCCACUACGCUACGGCGAAGGGUGACCUCACGUGCCUGAAGCUGCUAAUUCAGGAGGCCCCUGGGUGUGUGAAUCGGCGGACUAGCACGGGCGCCACUCCGCUCUACCUGGCCUGCCAGGAGGGCCACCUGCACGUGGUGGAGUACCUGGUGAAGGACUGCGGGGUGGACGUGCACCUGAGGGCGCACGACGGGAUGACCGGCCUGCACGCCGCAGCGCACAGGGGCCACCAUGACCUGGUGGUCUGGCUGGCCUCCUUCACAGACAUGAGCCUGUCGUGCCAGGACAAUGAGGGAGCAACUGCACUGCACUUCGCUGCCAGUGGAGGGCACUACCACAUCCUGGAGCGGUUGCUACACUUGGGGGCAAAGGUCAUUGAGGACGACUGGGGUGGCACUCCGCUUCAUGAUGCUGCAGAAAAUGGGGAUCUUGAGUGUUGCCGAAUUCUGUUGAAGAAUCGAGUUGACCCCGCCAAGCGUGACAGAGAUGGGUUCACAGCGGCAGACCUAGCUGAAUACAACGGGCACUAUGACUGUGCGGACUACAUCCGGGCCGUGGAACAAUGCCCCUCUGCAGCCGAUAGGUCCCUCGCAGCGAUUGACACUGACAAAGGGAAGCAAAGAGAGGUAUCCUGGCAACCCAGUUCCGCGGACUACUACCGUCGCCUGACCGAGCCCUGCACUGACUCCUGCAGCGGUAUCACGAUAGAGAGUGGGAAGGCAGUGACUGAGGCAACGCUCCUGCUAAGCAACCCUCCCACAACGCCCGUACACCCCUCGCUGGCUCCACCCAAGACUUCAACCGUCAGCACUGUCAUGGCCUCCUCUAGCGGGAAUAACAAAGCCUUGCAUUCUGUGAAGUUGACCAAGAUUGCAGGGGGAGAGAAAAACCUCUUCAGUGAAAUUAAGUCCUUCAAGUCUUUGAAACAAGCAGGGAUCACAGCAGUCUUCACUGGGAAAAAUAGAGCAGACAGGAUGGUGGUGCUACCCACGGAGGAGGCGAACCUUAGCGACAUGGACUACCUGGUGCCCACCCACGAUGAGAAGGGCCGGCCCAUAGCAGAGUGGAAACGGCAGGUCAUGGUGCGCCAGCUGCAGGCUCGGCUGCAGGACGAGGAGAACCAGAGGAGGAAGGACAAUGGGAACAAAUAUGUCAAGAUGGACAGUUGGAGAUACUCGCACGUUCACAAUGCCAUCCUUGGUCCUUUGGGGGAGCUCCUGACGGAGAAUGAUCUCAUCUACCUGGAGAAACAAAUUGAGAAUGUCUCCAUGCAGAAGCAGUCUGAAGGCUACGAGCUGGAACUAGCCCGCCUUGCCGAAGAGCUGAGGACCAUCCUCCCGGCCCCCAUCGUCAAUAUCACCGCCAACACGCAGUCCAGGAAGCCCAACACCGACGGCCAAGUCCCUCUGCCGGUGUGGUGCAAUCGCAUCUCUGGGAUUGUGAAGAGCAUGUCCCUUCUCACGGCUAACCUGUCCGACCAUCCCUACUGCAAGAUGCCCAACACUGAACUCGUGUCUGUCUUCUCCCAGGUGCCAGAAAGGCAGACUUCCUCGAGAGGGAGAAGAGAGAAAAUCGAAAAUGAGAUCCAGCAAUUUGGGGUUUCGGUGCGGAAUUUGAAGUCUAACUUCGAGCGCCAGAAUUCGUUCUCGUCGGAGGAAGCCAGCGACGCCUCGCUCGCGUCAUAUGUGCAGGAGGUGCCUGCUAAUGACAGGAUGGCAGCAUCCCCUGAAGAUGGUGACCAAACCGUUGAGGUUAAUCAAAACAGUGACUUGCGCAUAGGCUGCGACGAGGCGACUACUGACGUCAUCGAAACCACCAGCUUGCGCAAAGAGCGCAUCGUUGUCUUGUUCUUGGGUCAUUGGAAGAAAACGGCCUACGCUUUGACCGUGAAAGGCAAAGAUGCCGAAAGGAAACAGAGCUUGGAUGGGCAAGAAACGGCUGAGAAGCCCAGUAGCAGCGAGGCAACACAGGCCGAGUCCACCAAGAGGACUAUGGCGAAUGGCUCCUUGAGCCACUUCUUCAAGCAAAGAAGCGCCAUCAACAGAAUGAUGGGAAACUGGAGGAACAUGAUCUCCAGCGUGCCCUCGAGGCAGCUCCGCCGCCUGAACCGCCAGCAGGUCACUUACUCUCCAGAGCAGUUCUUACCUCGUGUGGAUGGGGCAACUAUGGAUUACGACAGCCUGACCCUUGACCUCUUCAUGCUGGGCUACUUCCACAUCCUGGAGCUCGACCUGACACCAGAUGAAAGGAAGAUGAGGCACCUUCUCUGCUUUGAGGUUUUCGACCACGUGGGCCGCUUUACCUGGGAAACGGUCCGGGAUUUCCAUAAAGCUGUCCUCCAGGACAUUGAGGCCGGGAAGAGGGAGUGGAAGGAUGGCUUUGAGGACACAAAACUGAAGUUCUUUGGGAACAGUCAGACCCAACCUCCGCCAGACCCUGGGGAGCCUUCUCCACCAGAUAUAAGACCGGUACCAAAAGUAAUUGUUCAGACUCCUACCCCUGAUGAAGAGUUACAGAGUGGUAUAGACAUCUCCAGCUUCAGCAAUGAAGAAAUUUGCAGAUACAUUGAUCGCAGUUUUUCUUUCUGGAAAGAAAAAGAGGCAGAAAUUUUUGAUUUCGAAGAGUAGUUUUUCCUUUUCUAUUUGAUUUUUUUUUGUAUGGCUUGUAUGUAGUUUGCCGCCAGCUGCGCUUUGGUGGUGCCUGGUGGUUUAAAUACAGUUUAGGUAUGAGUGUGUGCAACAUUCCUUUGUGUUUUGAGAAAAUUCUGAAUGGAAUUAUCAUUGUCCUUGAUAGACUUGC